ACUGUCACUGUGAUUAUGAUGUCAUUGUCAUGUAAUCACCAAAUCACUAAUGUAUAAAUGUAAAUUCAAUUUAUACACAAUAUAUUUUGUAAAUUAAGUAAGAACAUUCCAUGAAAUUAAAUAUAAAUAACAAUACCUUAAAUCGUUGAGGGUGUAAAUUAUAUUUCUAAUAACUAUGGCUCACAACAAUAUAAAGAUUUUACCAGGAGCGACAGUUUGCGAAGACUGUACCCUCGAAGGUGAUAUAACAAUAGGAGGAGGUACAGUUAUCCAUCCAAGAGUAACUAUUAUUGCAGAAGGCGGGCCAAUAAUCAUAGCGGAAUAUUGUAUUAUCGAGGAAUACUCCACUAUUAUACAUAAAAAGAGUGAUAAGCAAGAGAAUCCUCCAAAGCCACUGUUUAUAGGUGCACAUAAUGUUUUUGAAGUUGGAUGCCGAUUAGAAGCUCCAUGUGGGCACAUUGGAGAGAGUAAUGUAUUUGAAUGCAGGUCUUUUGUUGGUGUUGACAUCAAAAUAGGGAGUGGUUGUGUUAUUGGUGCUGCUUGUCAUCUAACUGCCCCACAAACAUUAAUUGACAACACAGUGAUAUGGGGAUCAGAACACCAUAUUAGGGAAGCACUAGAGAAGCAACCAUCACAACUACUUCAAUUGGACUUUUUGAGUAAAGUGAUGCCAAAUUAUCACAGAUUAAGGAAACCUAAUGUUCAUAAAAGGCAACCGUCUAGACAAUCACAGGAUUCUUCACCUAAACCAUGAAAAUAAAGAGAUAAUUAUUUUAAUUAAUAGCUUAAAGCAAUUGUAAAGUUUGUUGCACUCUGUAAAUUAUUAUUAAGGAAUUAUUCUGUAAGUAUUUUAUGUACUGCAAUGUCUGCAAUGCAACAUCUUGAAUUUGGCUAAGUUUUAACAACUCUAAUUUUUAAUUGAUAUAUUAAUUGGAAAUAAAAGUAUAGAAUGUUAUGAAGUUAGUGGCAAUUUGUUGCAACAGGAUAGGAACUGGUGUGAACAUUAUGGCUGGGUACAAAUUGUUGAUAUCUAACUUAUAUACUUUUUUUUAUAAUUUGCACCAUGUUUAUACUGCUUAUAUAAAAUUUUAACAAAUUAUCAUCUUUUUUACUAUAACUCCAUUACCAGUACAAUAUCAAUUUCCAUAUUUAAAUAACCACCAUUGAAUUGAUGCUAUUUUAUUCCCAAAGAGGGUUGAUGUUAGGCAGGCAGCUGGUCAUAAAACUAUAAGCCAAAUAAAUCUUUUUGUAAUAUGGACAAAAAAUAUAUUACAUCGACCCCAAAUAAUAAUUGGGAUAAGAGUAGGAAGAUGAUGAUGAUUAACUGCUGCUAUUUUGAGGAUAUGUACAAAUCUCAUAUAACUUAAUGUGUAGUGUAAAGUCAGCUUGUUUAAUAUUGUACAAGUAUUAUAUGACGUUGAAUUAAAUAUUUAAUAUGUAAAUUAUUUAAAAUACCACUUAAUAUCAUACAUAUAUAAUAGAAGUAUUAAUUAUUUCAAACUGUGCAAUUUUUUAUUUUGUUAUAUUCCAUGUUUUUUUUUUAUUGAAAUUUUCUUGAUUAACUACUAAAUAUUUCUGCUUUCGCUAGUAAGAAGAGGUUGGUACUUACAUAAUAAUUAUAUUUACUACCUAUAUAUAAAAUUAAUAUUCUUUAAAUUAUUUACUAUAUUUGUGGGUGUUGUAAGAGGAGUCACUAAGGGAGGGUGAGGGAUGGGCUGCAACACCCUUCUUAACACAUUUUUAAAGCCUAACAGCGGUUGCCAAUCCGCCUGCCAAGCAUGGCAACCACUGGCGAAAUCCGCCAAGGGGGAGGCUUAUGUUCACCAGUGGACAGUUAAAGGUUGAUAUGAUGAUGAUAGGCAUCAAAUAUUUAUUUAAUUACUGUAAAUUUAUAAAAAAAAAAAAAUUUAAUAUUUUCAAAAUAAAACUAUCAGAUAUAGAUAUAUAUUUAUAUCUAUAAAAUCAAUCAAUUAAAAAAAUACCUAGGUAGACGUUUAUCAACUUUGUUUUUUACUGUACGUCCUUUUCACAUAAAAUGUGAGCGAAACCUAGACAAAAAGAAAUAGAAUAUAAUGCGGGAGCAAGAACGAAAUACUUACCUAUUUAAGGGGGUUUGAUUAUAUUUUGCCUACCCUAGCAUCAAGAGUGGAGUUGUUAAUUAUGAGCAAAUAAUGUCUAAAAUAGUACAUAUCUAUUCGGAUUUUUUUAUGGGGCCAGAUCUCACCUAGAAAAUAAUCUGAAACUAUGUGGGGAGAGGGCAGCGACACAGAAAGUUAGCGACGUAUAUGAUGUAUAAGCUACCUUAUUAUAUUAGCAAGUAUUAGAGUACGUAGAUGUUAGAUAUUAUCCAUUGUCUAUUUUAUUGCAAAGACCCACAGAAGAGGUUGAGUCUAAAAGUACAUUACAGUCUAUAUUAUAAAAAAAAACAGACAACUUUUUUUUUUUUUUUUUUUUUUCUUCUUAUGUGGCGUUCACCCCGAUAUUAGGGUAUUUUGCCAAGAACAAAACGGGGAAACGAUAAUAGUAAUAAAAAUACCUAACACAAACGAAUUUAGAAAGGAUAAGGAUUAGGUCUAGGAUAUUUAUAGGAUAUGAAGGAUAUACUUGUACAUAUGAGAAUAUACUUAUAAAUAUAUAGGAAAAGCAAUUGAUGCAACUAUAAAUGUAUUCAUGUAAUAUAACUAAAUCUUAAUAUUGUUAUCAUAUAUAUAUGAAGAUAGUAUUUUAUAGAUAAUAGGAUCAUUGGAAGAAAGUAGAGUAAGAAUAGAAGUUGGGAAUGGAACACGGAUGGAUCGGAGAUGAUUAAAAAGGGAGGUGUGGUCAAAUUUAGAACAUGAGAAGAAUAUUUUUUUUUUUUUUUUUUUUUACAACACAGGGGGCAAACGAGCAUGCGGCUCACCUGAUGGUAAGUGACUACCGCCGCCCAUGAUCACCCACAACACCAGCGGCAUUGCAGGUGUGCUGCCGGCCUUUUAAAAAGGAAUAUACUCUUUUCUUGAAGGUUAUGUUGUCGUAUCGGUUCGGAAAUACUGCUGCUGGAAGUUGAUUCCAAAGAAUGGUUGUGCGUGGAAGAAAGUGCCUUGAAAAACGCACGGUGGAAGACCGCCACUCGUCCAGAUGAUUGGGAUGAAACUUUAGUUUGUGGCGGGUUGUACGGUGGUGAAAAUCAGCAGCAGGUAUCAAUCCGAACAAUUCCUCAGAACACUCCCCAUGAUAAAUUCGGUAGAAGAUGCACAGAGACGCAACAUCUCUGCGCAGUUUCAAUGGGUCAAGUCGGACAGUAAGGCGUUGACUAUCGAUAAUUCGAGCCGCCCGACUUUGAAUGCGGUCUAACGGAAGGAGUUGGUACUGUGGCGCUCCUGCCCACAGGUGAGAACAGUAUUCCAUAUGCGGCCUGACUUGGGCUUUAUAUAAUUUCAGGCGGUGUUCUGGCAUGAAAUAUCGUCUCACCCUAUUGAGCACUCCUAACUUUUUGGAAGCUAUCUUAGCCUUCUCCUCCAGAUGACCGCAAAACUGAUAUAUAUGAAUAUAUGAUUCAAGUCCGCCACUUCAGCACCGCAAUUACACGACGAACUUUGUACAAUACCAAGCUUGUAUAAAUGAGAAGGUGUGCAUACGUGACCUAGACGCAUACGAGUUAUAAUAGUUGUUGCGGUCUUUCCAAGCUUUAAUUUACAAAACCAUGGUUUGAAAGGAAUAUCGGGUUGUAUAAGGCGAUAAAAUCUUCCUUUUAUUGUACUUGUUUUUUCCCAAUAUUCCUUCCAGGCAUACCUUAAAUAUAUUUUUGGGAGACAAGCUAGGUCACUACAGUAAUUAUGAUACGGAUACAUAUCACCACAAGUUACAGCCUCUCUUGCAAUAAGGUCAGCUUUGUCAUUGCCGCUAAUACCACUGUGUCCUGGUAACCAGGCAAAAGAAACGGAAUACCUUCUCAACAUGCAAAGAUAAAGACUUUGUCUUAUGUCACAAAUAAUGGGAUAAACUGGUUUUGAUUUAAACGGAUAUUUGGCUAGAGCUUGCAAAGAGCUCAUAGAGUCAGUGAAAACUAUUGCCUUAUGUAAUUUCAUUAAAAGUAUAUAUUCUACAGCUUUUAAAAUACCAUAGCAUUCCCCGGUAAAAACUGAAGAUUCCGGUGGAAGUUUAAUUUUUUGAACGAUAUUAAAUUGUGAAUGAAACACACCCACACCUACACAACCGCUAUUGUCUGGUUUUGAUGCAUCAGUAAAGAUGUAGUGCCAUUCAUUCCAUUCAAUGUCAGUUAUAAACAUAAAUUUGGCAUUCAAUUCUGAAUCAUUUUUUGAUAACCCAAAAUCAUAUUUAAUAUUAGGAGAUAAAACUAAAGAUUGAUAUGAGCAUUUAUAAAUGGGAAAACAGGACGAUGUAAAAGUGGGAGAUUCUAUGGAUUUAUAUUUUUCAUAACUUUGUAUUAAACAUGGAGGUUUUUUAUGUUUCCAAUAAGAUGAAGACGAAAUAAAGAUAUAUAGUUGAGAUAACUUUUGAAUAAGCGGAUGAUCAGAUAAUUGUAAACAACGAAAAAAGAAGCGAUCAGAUAAAUAUUGCCUUCUUAAAACCAAAGGUGGAUCACCGACUUCGAGCUGUAAAGCAUUGAUUGGACUUGAUUUCAUUGCUCCAGAGAUAAUCCUCAAGGCCUUUGAUUGAAUUAAAUCCAAUUUCUUAAAAGCAAAUGAACUUCCUGGAGCUAACAAAAAAGUUCCAUAAUCAAUGACACUCCUUAUAAGACCAUUAUAAGCAAGUUUUAGUGAAACGGGAUGUGCUCCCCACCAAACUCCAGCAAGGCACCUAAGAAUGUUGAGGUUACGCUCACAUUUCGUGGAAAUAUAAUUACAGUGGGACAGACCUGUUAAUUUAUUAUCUAGCACGAUACCUAAAAAUUUAAUUUCAGUCUUUAUAGGAAUGUAUGAGUUAUCAUAAAGCACCUUAAUUUGUUGCGGUGAUCUCAUUCUUGAAAACAAAACUACACUACUCUUGGUUACAGAAAGAUUAAGACCAUUUGCAUCUAACCACGUUUUUAACAUAUCUAAUGAAUCAGAUAAUUUGGCAGAAGCAGAUUCUAUGGACUUCGCAAUAAAAUAUAAUAAGAGAUCAUCAGCAUAUUGUAAAAUUUUUACGGAUUUAUCAAGGAAUGAUUCUAGAUCGUAUGUGUAUAUGUUGAAUAAAAUUGGGCUGAGAACAGAUCCUUGUGGAAGGCCUUUCCAUACUGUUCUAGAUAAUUUGGUAUCUUCAUCUAGAUCCAUAUGUAUUGUUCUUUCUGAUAAAAUAUUAAUAAUGAAAUUAGAAAGCAUUACCGGUACAUUUAAAGCUUGUAAUUUAGUUUUUAAAAUAGAAAUUAUUACAUUAUCAUAGGCAGAAUUUAUAUCUAAAAAGACUGAGAGGAUUGACAAAUUUUGUGAGAAAGCUAUAUGAAUAUCUGAAAUAAGAACGCUCACAUUAUCUAAGGUGCUCUUACCUUUCCUAAAACCAAACUGGUUCGGGGAUAGUAAGUUAUUACUUUCUAAAAACCAUUCUAGACGGUUCUUCACUAAAUGUUCAGCUAGCUUUAGUAAGACAGAGGAAAGUGCAACAGGACGGUAUGAAGAUGGUUCAGAAGGUGGUUUAUGAGGCUUUAGAAAUGGUAUAAUAAUCUGAGACUUCCAUGAAGUAGGUAUAUUUCCCGAAAUAAUUAUGGAAUUAAUUAUAUUUAAAAAGUAAAUUAAUGUCGCAUCGCUAGCAUUUUUAAAAAAGGAAUACGGUAUACCGUCUUCUCCCGGUGCAGAGUCUUUAAUACAAGCUAGAACACCUUUAAGUUCUACAAGAGUAAAAGGAGACUCAAGUUCGGAUAAUUCGUCAGAGACGGAUAGAGAAAUAUUGUAAAGGCAUUCCGGCACAUAACUAGGAGCAAGGCGAUCUAAAAAUUUAUUCGCUAAAGUUAAAUCGAGUGCAGAACGUGAUGUAUGAUCACUGAAGGCAGAUCUGAAUCUUUUAAUAUUAUUCCAAACGACUGAUGAAUUAACUUCUGGACAGAUAGAAGAACAAAAUCUUCUCCAACCUUCCAAUUUCUUUUUUUUCAGUAGUUUUCGAGUAGAACGUGAAACUGCGGUGUAAAUUUCAAAAUUUUCUGAUGUCAUGUAAUUAUUAUAAUUUUUUUCAGCCUCUUUACGAUUUUUAAUUGCUUCCGUACAAUCUUUGUCCCACCAAGGUGGGGAGGGAAUUUUCCCUGAAGCACUAUUUUUAACAGGAAAUAAUAAAUCAGCAACCUCCUUCAUAUUAAUUAUCAAGUCAUUACAACAUUGAUGUUCAUUUCCAUGAUAAACAAUAGGUAACUCCGAUAUUUUAUUAUCUAAAUAUUGUUUGUAAAUAUUCCAGUCUACAUUUGAUAAAUUAUAUUUAAGUCGAGGACCACUCUUUCGACUUGAGGGAAUGGAAAUUGGAAAAGAAAGAAUGAGGGGAAAGUGAUCGCUUCCGAAGGUAGAGGAAUGAGGAUACCACGACAGUGAAGAAGCUAAAUCAGAAGAACAUAUUGAAAUAUCAGGAGCACUAAACCCUUCAUUCGGUGCAGUUCUACGUGUCGGUACAUCUGAGUUAAUAAUACAUAAGUUGAAAGAAGAUUGAAAAUGAGAUUUAUUGGAAGGAGAUGAUGAUGUUAAUACAUCUGAAUAUAGUUUAGAAGUUGGAGGAUGAAAUUUUGAUGCUUCAGCAUAAGAAACACAACUAUGGGCCAUU